AUGUCAGACGAUAAUGACUCUUCGGAGGAGGCGGAUGGGCCGUUAAAAAUCCUUAAAGCUCAACAGAAUAAGGAACGAAAAGAAAUGAGAGCAAAAAUCACAGCUUUAAAACAUGCAAUUCCUAAGAACAACGUUAAGAAAAAGAAGGAAGUAAUGCAACAAGUAGAGCAAAUGGAAAAUGAAUUGAAGAAGAGACAUCAGGAACAAUUACUUGGGUUAGCGAAGACUAGUGAGGAUGUGAAAAUUAAUGAAGAUGAAAAACAUGAGGAGGAAGCGAAUCAAAAUUCUGCUGUAGAUUCUGUUACUAGCUUCUUUAAAGAAAUUAAAUUAAGCAAAUCUCAACAGAAAAAGGAAAACAAACGUAAAGAACAAGAAGCUAAGCGAUUGGAAGCUUCUCAAAAAGAUCAAGAAAGUGCAGUUUAUAGCAAAAGCUACAAAGAAAAUGAGGCCAUCAAGCAGCUUCUUAUACAAAGAAACCUCAAAUUAAAAGAUAUUCCCCCAGAUGGUGAUUGUCUUUACAGGGCUAUUUCACAUCAAUAUUUCUUAUUGAAAGGAAUAAAGCACACAGCAGAGGAUUUAAGAAUUAUGGCAGCCAAGUUUAUUAAAAAGAACAAAAAAGAAUUUCUUGGUUAUUUAAUUAAUUCUGAAGGGAAUUUGGUUGAUGAAGAGUCUUUUGAUGAUUACUAUUAUAAAGUAAAGCAUAUGUGCUCUAAAGGUGGUGAUUGGGGAGGAGAACCGGAGGUUUUCUUUUAA